UCUAACAACAUCUCAAGAAAGAAAACGAUUACAAAAGAGAAGAGGUAUCAAAAAAGACCAGAAUCUCUAAAACAUUUUCAAACAAAAUGGCAUCCAAAGCCAUCUUCUUCUUCCUUGUCUCCGCCGUGUGCCUAUCCUCCCUAGCCAGCGUGGCCGUCGCUGACGCUGAUGACUUUGACCGUUUCCAGAUUCAGGGAUCGGUUUACUGUGAUACAUGCCGUGUCCAAUUCGUUACCCGUCUCAGCAAAUUCCUUGAAGGAGCGAAAGUGAAGCUAGAGUGCAGGAGCAGAGUAAACGGAACCGUGACGUUGACAAAAGAAGCCGUAACAGACAAGUCAGGGAGCUACAAAAUGGAAGUGACCGGUGACCACGAGGAGGAAGUUUGCGAGCUCGUGCUCGUUGAAUCACCAGACAGUGAAUGCAGUGAUGUUAGCAAAGAGGCUUACCUACGUAACGCCGCUAAGAUCAGCCUGACCGCAAAUGACGGAAUCGUCUCUCACGAGACACGUAUCGUUAACCCUCUUGGUUUCAUGGUUAAGACUCCCUCAGCUGAAUGCCCCGCUGCUUUCAAGGAGAUCGGAAUCGUCCCUGACGUCACUUUCUAAAUGUGAUGGCGACUUCAAGAUCGUCAUGUAAUGUAUUAUUUGUUUUCACGAAAAGCAAAAAAGAAUGUAAUUUGAUAAAAUACAAAAAAAAAAUGCGGUAAUUAAAUAAUUUAUUAUCUUU